AUGGAUGUCCAAUCUCUUUUGAAUCCUCCAGGUGAUGGAGAGAGGACAAUGAUCGCUGCUGUGGCAUUAACAGAGUUGAGGAAGAGAUCUCAGCCUCUGUUGAUAACCCAGAGCCAGCAGCAAAUGACAACUGUGGAUGCAGCCUGCUACUGUGAACAGGAAGCACUCCAUCAACUUCAGAUAAAUGGAAGUAAACCUGCUGAAAUUUCCGUCCAACAAGUGUCCACGCGAGAAAAGAAAUAUUCACGAUAUCGGAACAUGAAGGCCAAUAUCACUGAACUACCCAUUGUACUGAAACAGCAGAUUACGGGCCACCUGAACAAGAAAAACAUUGCACAUCUAGCCUGUACCUGCAAAUCCUUCCACUCGAUCGAGCUAUGUCUUUAUGAGACCGUCAACUUGGACGUCUGCGAGAAGGCAUAUUUCCAUGUGUUAAAAUUGUCGGCAAUGAUCAAUAAAGAUUCGGCCCUGGCUGGACAUAUCAAAACACUCGAGAUCGGUGAUCUGAGAAAAGAGGACACUAGACAGAAAUUGGACGAAUUGGACGAAUUGGACGAAUUGAUGAAAGCGGCGGGAUGGGAGACCAGCCUAUCAGCAGAUGAAAGUGUCGCACAUUUGCUAUCUCAAUUGAGCAGCCUUAAGUCAUUUUGCCUUAACCGCCUUCGUGGUGAGGUGCAUCUAACCACCUUUAACUUUGCCACACUGCCAACCCUGACCAGACUCAAAGUGCCGGCGGAAUCCCUAGUAUCGCACCCAUCACCCCUAAUCCAUCGUCUGCCUCCCACAUUGGAAUGUCUUUACGUGAAAGAGGCGAAUGAUGAAGUGAAUGAAGACAUCUUGCCUCAAUUGCUGAUAGACUAUAUCACCGCAACUUCAUCAAGGUUAAAGCUGGUAUCCAUUCAAUCAUAUGCUGAAUAUUGGAAAGACAGAGCUGCCUUGUUGGACAACACAUGUAAAAAUUGUGAAGUGAAACUAGAACUUCAAUACCGAACAGGAAUGCGUGAAGUCUGGAAUUCCGGUUAUAUGGCGAUUCUGAAAACUCAUGGAAUAGAGGGUCGUUGGCAAUGCAUGCCGCUGAAUUGUUGA